GCUCGCACGGUGGCUCGGAUUGUGGCUCGGAUGGUGAUGAGGAGAAUCAUGAUUGCGCGGAUGAGAUGCACGAAGCGUUGGAGAAUGGAGAGAAUCAACAAGACGAUGGAAAUAAACUGGAAAACGAAGCAAAUGCGAAAAGGAGAGGACCGAGAACGACGAUUAAAGCAAAACAGCUGGAGACUCUGAAGAAUGCUUUCGCUACCACGCCAAAACCAACCCGCCAUGUUAGAGAGCAAUUAGCGCAAGAGACAGGACUGAAUAUGAGAGUGAUACAGGUCUGGUUCCAAAACCGGCGCUCAAAGGAACGUCGCAUGAAACAGUUGCGCUUCGGUGGCUAUCGACCGGCAAGGAGAAGUCGUGGAGGACGAGAUGAUCUUGGAGACGUUUACGGGCAUGAUGGUGCCUUUUUCGCUGCUGCACCGAUGGGCUUUUAUUGUGGAGACAUCUAUGCGAGUGCUGGCGAUCGACCGCCAUUGCAUCCACCAUUUCCGAUUGGACCCGACGGGACACCAUUGAUAGUGACGCCAAUGACCGAGGGUGGGCUGUCCGAGUGCUCGUCGCCGACCCUGGGUGGACCCGGGGCAGGCCUGCUGGGCCCUCCAACCGGGGACUACGGUGAUGACCCCCACGCUCCGUUCCGAGAGCUCCCCUCACUCUAUUAUGCACACAAUCCACCAAUUCAA